AUGCAUCUCUGGAAGAAGCUCUCGCUGGCCACACUGUCGUCAGGUAUUCCGACCCUGGCACAGCAGGUCCAUAACCUCGGUGGUGACGGCUGGACGGUCAGCAGUAAGGCGCUUAACAUCAGUGUCCCUGGCCAUUUGCCUUCUCAGGUGCACUUGGAUCUAUUGGCGGCCGGAAAGAUCGAUGAACCAUACUGGGGCCUCGGUGAUUUUAACGACCGCUGGAUUGUUACCAAUAAUUGGACCUAUACAAGCAAGCCAAUCCGUGGAUUAUCGCCCAAAGCGAAAUCUUCUUGGCUUAUUUUCGACGGACUCGACACCUUCACCACAAUUGAAUUCUGUGGACAGUACAUUGGUACAACUGAUAAUCAAUUCCGCCAGUAUACUUUCGACAUUUCGCAAGCAUUGAGCGGUUGCCAGGGUGAACCCGUGGUGUCAAUCGAUUUUGGAAGCGCGCCCAAGAUUGCGGGUGCUAUCGCUGCUGACCCAUCUUCGGAGAAGUGGCCUUAUGGUCCUCAGCAGGUCUACGAGUAUACGAACCGCUGGUACAUUCGGAAAGAACAGUCAGACUUUGGAUGGGACUGGGGCCCUGCCUUUGCACCCGCUGGUCCAUGGAGAGAUGCAUACUUGGUCCAGUUUGACCACGAAGAAAGUGUCUAUAUUCUCAACACGGAUUUGGACAUUCACCGGCAGGGGCAGAUCAAUCAUAUUACUCCAGACCAAAGCGCACCUUGGGUUGUGAAUGCCAGUCUCGACUUUAUUGGAACCCUUCCCAGCCGCCCGUCCAUGACCAUUGACAUCAAGGACGUCGAGUCAGGAGAGUCUCUGAAACAAGGGACCUUGGAAAAUAUCUCCGUGUCUGGGAAGGCCAUCAGUGGCAGCAUCGUCCUUGACGCCAAUGCGCCUAAACUGUGGUGGCCUAACGGCCUGGGCAAGCAGAAUUUGUACUAUGCUACUGUUACCGUUCACGAUGGUCAGGAGGAAUUGGCUAGUGUGACGAAGCGUACUGGUUUCCGCACGAUUUUCCUCAACCGCAACAACAUCACAGAGGCACAACUUGCUCAGGGAAUCGCCCCUGGAGCAAACUGGCAUUUUGAAGUCAACGGACAAGAGUUCUACGCCAAGGGGUCAAACCUGAUUCCACCCGACGCUUUCUGGCCCCGUGUCACCGAGGCCAGGAUGCAGCGGCUGUUUGGCGCCGUUGUGGCUGGACGCCAAAAUAUGCUCCGGGUCUGGGCCUCCGGUGCCUACCUCCCUGACUUCAUGUACGAUCUUGCGGAUGAGAAUGGUGUUUUGCUGUGGAGUGAAUUUCAAUUCAGCGAUGCCAUGUAUCCUGUUGAUCAGCCCUUCCUGGAGAACGUUGCCGCAGAAGUUGAGUACAAUGUGAGACGUGUCAACCACCACCCUUCUUUGGCCUUAUGGGCGGGUGGGAAUGAGAUCGAGAGCCUGGAGCUGCCUCUCACCCAGGAAGCUGACCCAGACCAUUAUUCCUACUACGUUGGUCAGUAUGAGGAACUGUUCAUCAGUCUCAUUCUGCCCAUCGUUUAUGACAACUCGCGAUCCAUCUCAUACAUGCCCAGCAGCACAAACAAUGGCUUUCUUUGGGUCAACAUGUCCGCUCCGGUUCCCAUGGCCGAACGCUAUAACAACAUCACGGCAGGAUCCUACUACGGAGAUACGGACCACUACAAUUAUGACAGCAGCGUGGCCUUUGACUUCGAUAGCUAUCCUGUGGGCCGCUUCGCGAAUGAAUUCGGCUUCCAUAGUAUGCCCAGCUUGCAAACCUGGCAACAAGCCGUGCCUCCCGACAUGUUGCACUUUAACAGCAGCACUGUUAUGCUCCGAAACCACCACUAUCCGUCCGGCGACUUGAGCACGCACAACUUCAAAAAUUCCUCCAUGGGAAUGGGAGAGAUGACUAUGGCCGUCGAACGGUACUACCCUAUCCCAAACAAGGAGGACAGUGUUGCCAACUUUAGUGCCUGGUGCCAUGCGACUCAGUUGUUCCAGGCUGAUAUGUACAAAUCUGAGAUCCAAUUCUAUCGCCGCGGCAGCGGAAUGCCAAAUCGCCAGCUUGGGUCACUUUACUGGCAGCUCGAAGAUAUUUGGCAGGCUCCCACAUGGGCGGGCAUUGAGUAUGACGGACGCUGGAAGGUUCUUCAUUAUAUGGCGCGUGAUAUCUAUCAGCCAGUCAUUGUCUCUCCUUUCUGGAAUUAUUCGACUGGCGCGCUUUCAGUUUAUGUGACUUCCGAUCUCUGGGAGACAGCGACUGGGUCUGUCAGCCUCAAAUGGCUGGAUCUGUCCGGCAAGCCUCUUGCAGGCAAUGCAGGCAUACCGGAGACCAAGCACUUUACCGUCGGUGGUCUCAAUACCACCCAGAUUGUCGCAACAAACAUUGCGGACCUCUCUAUUCCAGACAAGAAGAAUUCAGUCUUGGUGAUGUCUGUCACUGCUCAAGGCCACCUUCCAAAUGCCGAGAAUAAUUCACCCAGCACUUUCACCCACCAGAAUUUCUUCACACCCACCUGGCCCAAGGACCUUGCUCUUGAGGACCCGAAAAUUGAACUCUCUCACGAUGCCCGAACUGGCACUUUUACUGUGGAGGCCAAGAACGCCGUUUCCCUUUAUACCUGGCUUGACUACCCGGCCGGUGUGGUCGGGUACUUUGAGGAUAACUCAUUUACCUUGGUUCCAGGCGAGAAACGUACGCUCAAGUUCACUGUUCAGACCGAUGGAACGGAUGGGAAGUGGAUGCAGGGUGUUACAGUGACCAGCUUGUGGGAUCAGACCACCAGUUGA